CGAAUGAUUUAUUCGAUAAUUUGUUAAUAAAAUAAAAGCCUUGAUCGCCCAGCAUACCGCCUCCCAGCAGUCUCUUUUCCUCAGCGAAGAGCCGUGACCGGCACCAGGCUCAAUCACCAUGGACCUGAACCUGAUAAUCUCUGGCCAAUCAACCAUUCCGUUUAGCAUCCUUGCAUUCUUACUCUUUCUACUCUAUGCUAUUUUCUCCAAAACAAGAAGCCGCAGAAAUAGAGCUACGCCUGGAAAGCUACCACCGGAAGCUGGCGGUGCAUGGCCUGUGAUCGGGCACCUCCACCUCUUAGGUGGCACAGAACCGCCGCACAUCGCCUUAGGCAAGAUGGCCGACAAAUAUGGACCGAUCUUCUCCCUAAGGCUCGGGGUUCACCCUACCUUGGUCGUGAGCAGUUGGGAGAUUGCCAAGGAAUGCUUCACCGUCAACGACAGAGCCUUCGCCGGCCGUCCCAAAAUCUUAGCCUUUGAAAUCAUGGGCUACAACUUCGGCAUGUUCGGCACCAGUCCCUACGGAUCCUACUGGCGUCACGUGCGCAAGAUCGCCAUCCUCGAGGUCCUCUCCAACCAUCGCCUGGAGAUGCUCAAACAUGUGAGAGAGUCCGAAAUCAAGUCAGCCAUGAAAGAUGUCUACGAUCGCUGGAUAUAUUUGAACAACAGUGAUGAUGGUGAGAAUUCGCAAUCAGCGCCCCUUUCGUGUGAGAUGAAGAAGUUGUUUGGAGACAUAACCUUCAGUGUCGUGCUUAGAAUGGUCGCCGGAAAACGUUUAGAUGAGGUUGAAGGGAACGCAGCGGCACGGAAAGGUCUGAGGGAGUUCUUCAGACUUUCUGGAGAAUUCGUGAUAUCAGAUGCGUUGCCGUACUUGAGGUGGCUGGAUUUGGGCGGGCAAGAGAAGGCCAUGCAGAAGACAGCGAGAGAGUUGGACCAGUUUGUUCAGUUUUGGGUGGAUGAACACAGACGCAACAGGGACGACUCUGUUGCGGGGCAAGCCAAGGCUGGGCGCGGUGACUUCAUGGACGUGCUUCUUUCCAUCGUGGAUGAAGCUGAAGUGAUCGACGGCCACGAUGCUAAUACUAUCAUUAAAGCUACAAGCCUGGCCCUGAUUCUAGGUGCGACGGACACAACAACAGCGACAUUAACUUGGGCUGUAUCUUUACUCCUGAACAAUCGCCAAGUUCUGAAGAAGGCAGUGCAUGAACUAGACACGCAGGUUGGGAGACAAAGGUUGGUAGUAGAAUCAGACUUGAAGAACCUUCCUUAUCUGCAAUCCAUCCUCAAGGAAACCAUGCGUCUCUACCCAGCCGCACCACUGAGUGUGCCUCACGAGUCUCUGGAAGAUUGCACUGUGGCUGGCUACCAUGUCCCCUCUGGCACGCGUCUCUUGACCAACCUUUCAAAGCUCCUUCGAGACCCACGAGUUUAUGAAGAUCCAUUGGAGUUUUGGCCAGAGAGAUUCCUCACUACCCACGAGGGUCUGGACCUAAGAGGACAGCAUUUUGAACUGAUUCCCUUUGGAGCUGGUCGAAGAAUCUGUCCUGGAAUCUCAUUUUCUCUGUUAAUGAUGCAACUCACGCUUGCUAAUCUGCUGCAUGGCUUUGAUAUUGCAACCCCUGAUAAUCAACCAGUUGACAUGCGAGAACAAGUUGGGCUAACCAGCAUGAAAGCCUCACCACUCCAUGUCCUUAUUACUCCUCGUCUUUCCCAUAAUCUCUAUGCUUAAAAGUAGACAAGGAGUAUCGAGCUAUAUAUAAUCAACACACCUACAUAUUAAUUAGCUGCUUAUUUCAGUGUUGAAGUAAUAAUGCACUGUGGAAUGUUAUUGUUAACAAGUGAUCACCUCUCUUGUACGUCUCUCUCUUCAAACAUAAAAAUGCCAGGGAUUGAAUGACUGUAAUAUAUUUAUGUAAGUAAUGCUUUGAUUGUGAGGAUUGUUUUAAA